AUGGUGCAAAGGGCGGUGGUGAUGUACAUGGAGAUCGGCUGCUUCGUGUCCUGUCUGUGCGGCUGGAUCCUGGUGUGUUCCACUCUUCCCACGGAGUACUGGACUUUCUCUGAGGUGGGCAGCAUCGUGUUGACCACCUCCAACUACUAUUCCAACCUGUGGAAGGACUGCAUCUCCGACACCACGGGGGUGUCCGACUGCAAGGACUACCCCUCCAUGCUGGGCCUGCCUGUGUACCUUCACGCCUGCAGAGCGCUGGCGAUCAUCGCCGUGAUCACCGGCUUCUUCGGAGGCGUCCUCACACUCAUUGGGAUGAAAUGCACUAAAAUAGGCGGGUCAGAGAUUGCCAAUGCGAGGGUGACCUUUGCAGGAGCUCUAACCUACCUGGUGUCAGGAUCCUGUGGUUUGAUCACCUACUCAUGGUGGGCCAACAAAGUCGUAAGAGAAUACUUGGAUCCCCAUUUCAGGGCACAGAAAUUUGAAAUCGGAGCAGCAGUUUUCGUCGGCUUUGGAGGCACCAUCCUUCUCCUCUCUGGAGGAGCAGUGCUGAGUUACUUCUCUGGAAAAGAAGGUAUCCCAUCAAGUUCCCAGAACAAGCCUCGGAGACCAGUCUCUUACGCCACCGCCCGGACCAGACGGACCUACAUGCUGCCGCCCUCGUCAUCCAGAGUGACUCUGGUGCCUCCUCUGUUUUAUGAGGGCAGGAAGAGCCGAGCAACCAAAGCCACAUCAAAGAGCCGCCAGACCUUCAGCAGGGACAGUUUCGUCUGAGAGGGGAACUCUGAGCUUGGAAAAUGACUUUAAAGUUAAAGAGAGUUUGACAUAUUGGGAAAUACUCCAAGUGGCUUUCUUAGCAAGAAUGAGACGAGGAGACUGAUAACACUCAUGUCUGAUUCAGUAUGAAGUGAGACUCUGUUCUUGCUCUGUCUGAUGUUUUUUGUUAUUUCCAGACUGAACCAGGCCAGCUGGUUCCCCCUACUUCCACUGUUUAUGCUAAGCUAAGUUAACUGGCUGCAGGUUCCAGCUUCAUAUUUAGCAUACACAUACAAAACAGGUAUCAAUCUUCUCAUCUCUAGACAAGACAGCGAAUUAGCACUAUUGGAUGAUUCCUUUAAUAAGCUUUCUCAUAGACAUUAAUUUUAUGUCAGCCAUAAAACUUGGUUGCGUGCUCAAUGGAGGCAAAAAAUGAUAACAAUAUUGUUUAGCUAAACACAUAAAGCUACUGUUGUAUUUUCUCUAUGCAAAGCAAUAAGUUGGUGUUUUUAAA